AUGGAACAAAAUACGCUUAAAAGACGAGGCGCUGGCCUAACCGGUGUCGACAAAGCUCGCUCAUUCGGAGGCUACACUCUAUUUUGUCCAUUGACUAGUGAUACGGCCCAUCUAGUCGACAUCGACGGACAUGAAGUCCAUUCAUGGAAACUACCCGGGCGCAUUGGACGACAUGCGAGAAUCCUUCCCAACGGGAACCUCGCGGUCAACACACUCCGCCAAUCUCCUAGUCAAACAACCGAAGACGGCGGCCCAUUCCCUUUCCCCUUCUUUAACAAGUACGGCGGUGGGGUCAUGAGCGAGAUUGAUCCAGACGGCAACGUGGUACGACAAUUCGUCGAUCCUCUAGGUCAUCACGACCAGUAUCACUUCGGCGAUGGACGGCUGCUGUAUACAAGUCUCGAGGCAUUAUCCCCAGAGGAAUCCGCCAAGGUGAUUGGGGGCGUACCCGGCAGUGAAAUCGACGGUAUCACCUACGCAGACACCAUCAACGAAGUCGACCAACACGGGAACCUCGUCUGGCAAUGGAAAGUCUCUGACCGAUUGCCUCGCGCUGAAUUCCCUCUCCAACCGCACUACACCCGCGAGCACUACCCUCUUAUCAACUCCGUUCUUCCCCUCAAAGACGGAAAGCACAUUCUCGCAUCCAUGCGCUCUGUCUCCGCGGUCAUCAUCAUCGAGAAAUCAACCGGCGAUAUAGUAUGGAAACUCGGGCCCGAGGUAUUAGCGCAACAACACAACGCCACGGAGUUAGAGAACGGCAACAUUCUCAUCUUCGACAAUGGUGCUUUCCGAGGCGGCGAGUCAAUCACUUACUCUCGGGCGAUUGAGGUCAGUCGCGCAACGAAGGAGAUUGUCUGGGAGUAUCGGGACCGCUCGCAGAUGCUGUAUUUCUUCACACCGUUUAUGGGCAGCGCGCAGAGACUUGCGAAUGGAAAUACCCUGCUCUGCGAGAGUGCUUUUGGUCGGCUAUUUGAGGUCACUCGUGAUGGAUACAUUUGUUGGGAGUAUAUCAAUCCGCACUUUGCGCCGUAUUCGGAUGAGGUGACGGCCAGGAUAUUCCCUGGGGAGUCGAAUGCGUUGUUUCGAGCGUAUAGGUAUUCGUUGGAGGAGAUACCAUGGUUGAAGGGACGAUUGGCAAGUCAAGGAAAGCUCUAG